CUGGGAUCUCUAUUUAUUAGCUUUGCCUAGCCCUCCAGCGCCUGCUGUCAACCUGCCCCAGCUGUUGGCGGUAGCUAGCCUGAGUCAGCUGUGUAGCUUUUAGUAAUGCCUUCUAUCAUUACUCUACCUCAGUGACAUUUAGUCGGUGCCAGUAAAACGUAUUAUUAAAGGCAAUGGGGCUACCGCAGAGCACGUUUUUGUCGGACGGUGGAACUAAUAGUGGAUAUCAUGUCCAUGGGGUUCAAGAGGACUCACCUGCUCAGAAGGCUGGUCUGGAGCCCUUCUUUGACUUCAUCCUCUCUAUAGGCAAUACCCGACUUAAUAAAGAGAAUGACUUGCUGAAAGACCUCCUAAAAGCCAAUGUAGCAAAAGCAGUCAAACUUGAAGUGUACAACUCUAAAACCCAGCGGGUGAGGGAACUGGAGGUGACACCCAGUAACAUGUGGGGUGGUCAGGGUCUGCUGGGGGCUAGUGUUCGCUUCUGUAGCUUUGAAGGAGCCAAUGAGAACGUGUGGCAUGUCUUGGACGUAGAAGCUAAUUCUCCUGCGGCAUUUGCUGGCCUUAUUGCUCAUGAUGACUUCAUUGUGGGAGCUGACCAGGUGUUACAAGAUUCGGAGGAUUUCUUUUCAUUGAUUGAAGCCAAUGAGGGGAAACCUCUGAAGCUGCUGGUGUACAACACACAGUUUGAUCAAUGCAGAGAGGUAGUGGUGACUCCCAAUGGAGCAUGGGGAGGAGAGGGAAGCUUAGGCUGUGGUAUCGGCUAUGGUUACUUGCACAGGAUCCCAACUCGUCCAGUUCAGCCUAAGAACCAGAAUAAAAGUGUUCAGCAGUCCAUGGUUGCUGGCAGGAGUGAAGAGCUCGUUGCAAGUGACCACUCUGAGGUGCCUUCUGUGGCUGAAUGUAGCCCUUCUAGUGUCAGUGAAACACGCUUCAAUCAAAUCGAAGGAGCUGUCCAGGACACGUUUGUAACCUCACCAACAGAGACCGCUGUAGACUUAGAUAUUUCCAACAUACCCACAGCAAGGACUCCAGACUUAUCAGACAGUGUCUCCACCAGUGACAUUGGCCAGAGCUCCAUGCUUGCUAAUUAUGGAGAUGACUCUGGUGACCAGUGUAGCUUGGAUAACUCAUCUGUCUAUCAAAUACCUUCAUCUCCAGAGAAGGAGGAAGAAUCCGACAUCCACAAAACUGACCUGAUAACUGCAACUUCUCCAAAAAGAGAGGUUGCAGAUGACCUUGUUGGCCUUGAAGUCACCACAGAAAACCAGUGUGACACAUGUAUCCCAGAGAUGCAAGAUGCUAAUUCUGAGCCCUCACUCUCAGCCAAUAUUAUGGCGGAGGAGCCUGCUGUGACAGACAAUUAAGAGGACUCCUGUACCAGAGAAUAAGUAACUUGUUUAACUCUCAAGCUGACUUGCAUAAAAGAUUAAGAGUACACCAUGAUCCAGAAAAGCUUCCCCAUGUGAUUGUAAGUUGCUUCACUUGCACUAUUUUUAAUUUAAAAGAGUUUUAUUUAUAUACAAGUGCCAUUGCUGCAUGCUUAAUUGCACAUUUAAGAAAGAUGGCACAUUGAGUGGAAAGCUGGUCAGAUAGUUAUAACAAUAGGAAUGUAUUCUAUAAUUUAGACAUACUGUAUGUCUCCACAUCAAACAGAAUGAAUUGAGUCUUCAUUGCUGUUAAAAGUCAUCCUAGUUUGCACUAAAAAACCAAAGUUGAAUGAAAUACGGUUUUGUUGCUUUUAAUGUUAUCAACUGCUCAAUAGUAUGAAACACUGUUAGAAAAAGAAAGUUUGAUUUCACACAGAUCCAUCAUGUGGUUUUAUUUUUUAGAAUUUUGGAAUUUAUGUUUAGGGGGUUUAUGUUUUUAUUUUCCUGUAAGGUUGAGUUUUUAGUUGAGUAUACAGAUUUUUUAAUCUCAGGCAUUUACCAUUUAAGCCUUUUUGCCUUAUGUCUCGUUUUAACUAUCCUUUCCUAAUGUGUAGGUUUGACUUUUGAUCGGUGUAAAUGAGUGAACCACAUGUGAUGCGGCGCUCUGAUUGACUUCUGUGUCUUCUCUUUAUAUAGAUUAUAUUUGGAUUAUGUUUAUGAUUUUUAUGGA